CGCCUGAAUAUCAUUACGGUCAAGUGCCGUCCGUCGAAAUCCCCGUUGCAGGGUAUGCACUCCCAACCUCUCCUCAGUGGACAUUUUUCAGAUGGCCAAGCGGAAAGCAUUGUCUUGACGCAGGAUUUUAAUGGAGAACCGCUCAGAUUUCCUCUUCAUUUGUGGUACCUCCCGACUGCACUAUUGCCUUGCGCAUCCAUUCACUGUGCCACCUUACAC